AUGAGCAACCCAGAUGAUGAGAUACACAGCGAGAACGUCCAUUUUCUUCGAAGCAGAAGACGGUCGUCGACGGAGCUCUCGCCCUCGCGUGCCCGUACCCGCAGACGCCAGCUCGGUGGAGGCGGCGGCGGCGGAGGAGGAGGAGGAGGAGGCGUAGGAGUGGGUGCUGGUGCAGGAAUGGCCGAUUCGCCUCACGAUUCCGUCGACCUCGGCGGUGACCAGUACAUGCCUAGAUCGCAUCAACAGUAUACCUCCGGCCAUGGACAGAGGAUACCAAUCAUUCGCCGACGGGGAGCCAUGAACAUCAGCCACGGCCCAGCCUACGAGGGUCCUCCCCAGCAGUCGAACAGGAUAUACAGCUGGGCCCCGACGCAGGACGAAGAAGGCGGUCUCUACCUCCGCACCGACCCAUUGCAUCCUCGAGACGAGAUAUGGUUCGACCGGUCAGCGUCUUCUUCUUCCAGAGACGAUGACGGCUCGCUUUGGAGCCAUCUGCCUAGGGAGCUCAGAGGGACGUCCCAGUGGGCGUCGGAGUCAUCGCCCGAAGAGCAGGAAGGCGGACGUGCUGUGGGAGCGCCAAACAUACCCCUGGCACGAGACAACCCGGCCUUGGUCACCGCAGCCAUCUUACACUCUGUCAGAAGAAACCACAGAUACUCGCCGAGAGUGCGAACGCCGCAGAACCAGAUGCAGGACGGUGAGAGAGCCAGCCGACCAGACGACGGCCGAGACAGGACCAUUAACGCAAGUACAAACGGCUACAACAGCUACAAUAACACCAACAACAACGACUUUGCCACCCCUUUCUCCUUUUCACCCCAAGCGAGACGCUCGAGUCCUCGCUUACCACCACCUGCUCGCAUCGAUACGUCGAGAAAUUCUGAUAUUCGCCGCAUGUACCUCAAAGACCCCUCUAUUGACCGCCUCAGGGAGGCCAUCCAGUACCUGGACCGAGUCCGUUUCUCAAACUCUUACGAAGAAAGCCUUUCCACUGCCGCAGCUGGAGGCUUUGUUCAGUUUGAGUAUUUCCUUCGCAACGAAGAUGAUUUCAUCCUUGACACUGGUUCAAUUGCAGGUCCAGGCUACUGCUCCUGGUUGAGCCCUGGCACUGUUUUCUCUGGCCAACAGCAAGCGACUGCAUCGACUGCAAUGCUGCCACACAGACUCCUGGGAACCACUCGCCCCUCGACAGAGUCUAACGCAGCCUCAAGUGUUGAAAACCGGAUAAGCGUCUACACCAGCAGUGGCCGAAGUUAUUGGGCAAGCAAUAAUAUGGGCAACAACAACAACAACAGUGGCAGCAAUAACAGCAGCAGUAGCAGUCAAGAUCCAGAGCCUGCAAAAACAGAAAGCUGGCCUGUUAAAGUGACCAUACAUAACGUUGACUAUCAGACCAUGACCUUGUCUGGUACCAUGGAAGCAUACAACAUCCCCGACAAGUCGGCCAACAAUCAAGGAGCACACAUAAUCACCUACCUGGAAGGCGAAAUUAUCGAUUUCAAUACUCAUACCCUGGAAACUAAAAAUUUCAACGCCGGCCCAGAAGUUGAUAGUUGCUACUGGAGGGAGUUGGAACCAUUCAAAAACCUGACGUAUGACGAGAUUGUCAAGAAUCUCGUCAGCAAGAAAUGGGUCUCAGAGAAGUUAUCCAAAGGAUGGAUACUGAUGAGAUGGAAAGAACGAUGCUUUGUUUCUCCAUCUCAUUCUCGCCAGGGGCUGACUAUAUCUGGAUUCUAUUACAUCUCCGUUCAUCGUGAAACUGGCCGCAUCGAAGGGAUGUAUUAUGAUCCUGGAAGCUCUCCCUACCAACAACUUUCUCUUGACCCGAUCUUGAAAGACAAGAUGGUUUUCCCUGCCUAUAAAUUUAGAUAA